UUCAGCAUUUAUUUUUCAUGCCACCAGGACUCGACGCAUACUGAGUUCGCCUAAUAACUGCUAAGAAUUUGUACCAAUUUAAUAUUAACUGUAGCCGUCAUGAUAAUAUUAUUAAGUAAUCCGCAAACCGUGUUGAAUAAUUUUAACUUGGACGCCUUUUCAUUAAACUUCCACCACACAUUUAAUAUUGAAUUUUACAUCUCGGGGAGAGAUCACUACAAACCCAAAAGCAGUGACUUGUUGCUUCCCAUGUAGCUUAUUCUCUUCCCAAUUGGCCAGUUCCUUGUAUCACUCAUCUGCACUCCUCCUACUUCGGUUGCUCGUCCUCUUCCGGACGAUGGGUUAGGCUGUCUCUCUCUUUGUGAGUUAUAGCAACUGUUGCCUUGUGAAUAAGCGCCAUAGUCACCGUAGUCCUGGCGACUGUUACCCACCAACAACAACUCUCAUCAUCAUCCUCAUCACCAUCACCCACAACAACCAACACAAUAAUCCACAGCCAAGAUUUGAGGAUGAAUUUAGUGCUUGUGAAAAGUGAGGGAUUGAUGGCACUGGAAACUGAAGCGCUCUAUCUUUGUACUGACCUGGAGAGACCACCACUCCAAGAGGCUAUCAUGCAGACAUCAGAGGCUGCUUCAGACACAGCUCCAACAGUGACUUUACAGACAUCAGUAGCUGGUCAGGCAGCGGUGCCCACCCAGGUGGUACAACAAGUACCUGUACAACAACAGGUCCAGCAAGUGCAGACAGUGCAGCAAGUGCAGCAUGUGUAUCCGACACAGGUGCAGUAUGUGGAAGGUACUGAAGCCGUGUACACAAAUGGAACCAUCCGAACAGCAACAUACCCUUACUCCGAUACACAGAUGUACAGCCAAAACAGUGGGGGCAACUAUUUUGAGGCUCAAGGAAAUGCUGCCCAGGUGACUACAGUAGUAUCCUCUCAUAACAUGUUGGGUGCUGGGGGAAUUCCAAUGGGUGUCACAAGUGGGCAGAUCAUCAGCAGUUCUGGAGGAACCUAUCUUAUUGGUAAUUCGGUAGAAAAUUCCAGUCAUCAAGUUAGCCACACAGCUCGGGCUUCCCCAGCUACUAUUGAAAUGGCAAUUGAGACGCUGCAAAAGUCUGAUGGUCUGUCCACUCACAGAAGCUCUCUCCUGAACAGCCAUCUCCAGUGGUUAUUAGACAACUAUGAGACAGCUGAAGGAGUCAGCCUUCCCAGAAGCACUCUAUAUAACCACUAUCUCCGGCACUGUCAAGAGCACAAACUUGACCCUGUAAAUGCUGCAUCCUUCGGGAAACUCAUCCGUUCCAUUUUCAUGGGGCUGCGCACACGGCGAUUGGGAACCAGGGGAAACUCCAAAUACCAUUACUAUGGGAUCCGUGUUAAGCCAGACUCUCCUCUGAAUCGGCUACAAGAAGAUAUGCAGUACAUGGCUAUGAGACAGCAGCCCAUGCAGCAAAAACAGAGAUAUAAGCCGAUGCAGAAGGUGGAUGGAGCUGGGGAUGGUUACACAGGAAGUACUCAGCAAACAGCCUCAAGUGUUGAACAGACUGUAAUUGCACAGAGUCAACACCAUCAACAGUUCUUGGAUGCAUCUCGAGCUCUCCCAGAGUUUUCAGAAAUAGAGAUAUCUUCAUUGCCUGAUUCUGUAACUCUUGAAGAUAUUAAGUCUUUGCAAAAUCUUUAUCGGGAGCACUGUGAGGCAAUACUGGAUGUAGUAGUUAAUCUCCAGUUUAGUCUGAUAGAGAAACUAUGGCAAACUUUCUGGCGCUAUUCCCCCAUACCUCCAACUGAUGGCACUACUGUUCCUGAAAACACAAAUCUGAGUGAAAUAGAAAGCCGGCUCCCAAAUGCAAAGCUGAUUACUCUCUGCAAAUGUGAGGCUGUGUUGAAGUGGAUGUGUAAUUGUGAUCAUGUGAUGUACCAAGCGCUGGUGGAGAUCCUCAUUCCUGAUGUCCUUAGACCUAUUCCUAGUGCCUUGACACAAGCCAUCCGUAAUUUUGCAAAAAGCCUUGAAGGUUGGCUUACCAAUGCCAUGAACAAUAUUCCACAGAGAAUGAUUCAAACCAAGGUUGCAGCUGUAAGUGCCUUUGCUCAGACGCUGCGUCGAUACACAUCUCUUAAUCAUUUGGCUCAGGCUGCCCGUGCUGUGCUGCAAAAUACAUCUCAAAUCAACCAGAUGCUCAGUGACCUCAACCGAGUUGAUUUUGCCAAUGUCCAGGAGCAGGCUUCCUGGGUAUGUCAGUGUGAAGAUGCUAUGGUCCAGCGACUGGAACAGGACUUCAAGAUGACUCUUCAGCAACAAAGCACUCUGGAGCAGUGGGCUACCUGGCUUGAUAAUGUAGUCACACAAGCGCUAAAACCAUAUGAAGGGAGGUCCAGUUUUCCCAAAGCAGCACGGCAGUUCCUCUUGAAAUGGUCUUUUUACAGCUCAAUGGUUAUUCGAGACUUAACCUUGCGAAGUGCUGCCAGUUUUGGUUCAUUUCAUCUGAUUCGGCUCCUGUAUGAUGAGUACAUGUUUUACUUAGUGGAGCACCGGGUUGCCCAAGCAACAGGAGAAACUCCAAUUGCAGUUAUGGGUGAGUUUGGUGAUGCUAAUGUUGUCUCUCCAACAAAUAUGGACAAAGAUGAAGGCAGUGAAGUGGAGAGUGAAAUAGAUGAGGAACUAGAGGAUUCUGGAGAGCCUCUUGUAAAGAGAGGAAAACACGAACUGAACCAGGCACUGCCAGUGGGCUGCGUGCAGACUAUGCUUGACAGCACAUUACAACAGACCCUUCUGAACCCACUUCAUACAGAACACAUCAUCUCAAGUACCCCAACUAUUAGACAGUGCACUACCACUGGAAACACGUACACAGCAGUUUAGUGACUAUGGGAAUAGGUUUUCUGAGUACAUUACCACAAGUAGCACUGGCCAUAGCAACUCAUAGGCUGCCAGAUGCUUCACAGACUGAUUUGGAAAUCUGACUGUUGACACAUUAGCUAUGCUGAAUGUUACCUUCCCCCUUACUUUUAAUUCAUGUAGAUAUAUAAAUAUGUAGACGUAUAUAUUUGUGGAUCCUUCUGCUUAAGUUUAUUGAAUGUUGUAGGCUGUAUUUAGCAUAACAUUUCAUGACCAAUUCAAUCAAGAAAAAGUUGGUUAAGCUGUUUUUUUUCUUUUAAAAUAAUUUAACAUUAAACGUAGAUUUAGAUGUAGGUAUUAAGUGAUAGGCAUGUCAGUUAAUGUAUAUAUGAUUUUAUAUUGUCUUUUUUAAUAGAUACACUUCUGUGAAAUAUUUUAAAUAUAAAUUUUAAUGAGUUAAAAAUGAAGGCACACUUAACAGCAGACAGUUUAAAGAAUUUUCUAAUUAACUGGUGCUUUAAGGUAGGCAGAGCUAUGUAAUACUAUUACAUAUAUUCACUGAAUCUCCUUUAGCAGUAUGGAGACAUGGGAUUUAGUUAUUUUGUUAUAUAGGAAUUUAUAGUUUGUUAGUCCUGACAGUGCUGUAUACUUGGAUUAUUUUUAUGUCCUUUUCAUACAGAACAUUCCUCUUUUCAGCUUACUCUAAUGAAAGUAGAGGUUUCUCUGAGUUGGCUGCCUCAGUCUAUAACAUGUUAAUAGUGCUCUGUUAUGUUUUAGAACAGUUUUACCUUACAUAAGCAGUUUGCUUGGUUGUUAACAGAACUCCUACCACCACGGCCACCUCCACUGUGAACAGUUUUCUCGUGAGGCUUACUGCGACAUUUAUUUGAUUAGGAUUUGUAAACUACUUGGAAAGUAGUGGUACUGAGUGAUUUUUGUAACACCCCCAUUCACUUUCAACAGUAGCCCAUCAUGGUAUUGUGUUUAGAGUUGCUAAAGUCAAGCUGGCUUAAUUUAUGCACAGAGAAUACUGACAACAGCCAUGUCCAAAAUGCACUGCAUCGUAGCCUGUUGCCAUUUCAGGUACAGGUAAGUAAAUGACACCACAACCAUUAGUUAAUUUAAAUCACAGUAAAUCCAGAAACACUCUGUUGAAUAACGUCCAAUGCAAACAGUAAGAAAGGAGCAGUUAAAUUAUGAAGUAAAAAGGCUAUAGGGAUGAAAAUGGAGUGUACCGUAACAGUGUCAUUUCAAAGAGAUGAAACGAUAAAAACAAUGAGCUGAUCAACAAAAAACAGAUUAUGAGUCGUGAGUAUAUCAGAAAAGUGAAAAGAUGAAUCCAGAUUCCAAAUGGGUAGAUUUGGAUAGAUCAUAGAGGCUUUCAAGCGGAGAGCUGUGGCUUGCUUUUGCUGCUAACUGGUCAGUUAAUUGGGCAAGCCUGUUUUGUUACUAAUUAGUGCAUUACUUGGAAAGGAAGACAAAGUAAGUGAAUGGUAGGGAGGGAAGUAGGGAGAAGACACAACUUCUAUAACUCCUUAUUGCAAAGUAUAAGCAUAAAAAAAUUACCAAGUAUCCUUAAUAGACAGCUAUCCUCUGCAAAACUUUCAAAGUAACAAAAUCCUAGAAGUCCAAGGCUCAGGCAGAGACUUCAAACCUAAAGAAUGUUUUCUUGAUUGUUUUUACUUUUGUUUUAUUUCUUAUGCCUCAUCUGAAAUACUGCUGGCUUUGUGGGGUUGUGGUGGUGAGAUGAGCUCCUAUUAACCUUCUGCUGUUGAGUGAUGUACUGUCAUUAUUUGUUUUACUGCUAGUACAAGGAAGACUAUAUUGAAUUAAUUUUUCUGUUGUAUACAGUGAUUUUAUAUGAGGUAAGCAGAGACCAUUCUGCAGAAGAUCUUUUCUUCUGUUCUGAAAGAUGCUUGCUUUUAAAGUAUUUUACUUUUAAAGUUAGUUCAGUUUGCUGCUGUUAUGUAUGAUUAAUGUAGAGUACAAUGAAUGUAGCAAUCAGCAUAGUAUGUAUCUUUAGUUUACUACUGUUUCAGAGUGAUUGGACUACUCUACAUACACAUCUGUAUGCAUAUGUACACAUAUAUGUGUAUACAUGUAUAUAUCUACAGUGUACAAUGAAUGAGGAAUAGGGUGAAAAGGCAAGCUUCACCGUGUCCUUAUUCUUAACUUGGUAGGAUUAGUAGAUGGCUUGACAGGCCAUUGCUGUUGAUGGACUGUACAUCAGGGAUCACCGUACCUCAGCUUUUCCAUAGUGCCUUAAUCAGAACAGUAACACUGAAAUGCGUGUGUGCCUGUAUAUGUGUGUAUGUCUGUUUGUGUGUGUGUGCGUGCACAUAUGUGUAACUGUUCAACAAGGUGUGCCUGUUUUUUUUUUUUUUUUUUUUUGUAAUUCCCUUGGAAAUGCUGGUAGACUUCAAGACUAUGAAAUGCAUUUGGUAUCCUUUCUAGUUAAACAGAGUGCAUUUAUUUACACGGUUAAAAAAAAAAACAUUUUGUCAUCAUUUUGUGAUUUGAACUUUGAGUAUGGGGGAAUGUUAUGAUGAUCCACUCUGUUUUCUGAAUUAAACUUGGUUUUCAAGUUUAAUAAAUGCUAUUUCUUUGUAGCAGUGUCCUGUACACCUGCUGCAGGUUUUUACCAAUACUGUUCUUUUUAUUUAUUUAUUUAUUUUGUGCACACUCGAAACGUAAAAGUGUGUAUGUAUAAAACAAGGGUUAAUGAUCUUACAUGCAGGAGGUAAUAAACAACCAAUAAAUUACACCAAAAAUGUAAUAAUGUAAUGUUGAUGUACAGUUAAAACCAAUGCAUUUUCUGAAGUAACUAAAUUUGAAUUGAUUAUGAGAAAGCUGGCUAGCCAGUGUUAGUAGUGCAAGUUGUAUGUGGUCUAAGCCAAUAAAACUGAAUCCUCAGUUGUCUGCAGUUAAACUUGGUGACCAGAUAUCUGUAGCAGCACACUGAUCAUUCUUUUCAGAGAGCUGGAGAUGAACCUGAAUUGUGAAAUGCCUCUAUCUAAAGAAUUAUGCACUUAUGUAUUCUGAUGCACCAAGCCUCUAAAUCCAUGACGUUGGGCUUUUUUGGUAAACUUUUCUAAGCUACUAUAACUUAUUUAUAGCAUAAACAAAUGUUAUUAUUCUCUUGAGAAUCUGUGGUUAUUAGAUAUUGCAAUGGGGAAUAAUGAACAUUAUUUACACUAGAGGUUCCCCUUUCAAAUGCAGUGUAUAAAAUGUCUGCAGGCAAUCAGACUAGACCAAAAGCAAAAAAACAAACAAAUAAAUAAAUAAAAGAAGAAGUGAUAUUUUGG